CAGCUAAGAAGGAACAACCUCCGCGCUUGACGUCCAACAAGAAGACCUGACCGUUAGGGCCGAAAUGCCAUGGCGCUAGAACCUUACAUUCUUCGCUAAACUAAAGCUAAAUUCUUACAGGGAAACGGUCACCCAUAUCGAUAGCAAUAUAUUCAAUUGCUCUAGGUUCUGAAACCUGAACUCCACGUCGUCAUGACAGAGUCGGACGAGGAGCUCAGUCCCCGCAGCAGCGAAGGCGAUCUUUUGUCCUGGUCUUCUGGCGAUGAGGACGACGAUCACUGCAAUGGGCUGGAUGGCAUUGCUGAAGAAGCAGACCAGACUGAAGGCGAUGGCGCGGACGAAGAUGGCAACGAUGGCGCGGCGUUACCAAUCGGCAGCGGUGCUGCGCUUGGCCUUACCAACAUGCAACCACCCGAGGCGUACUUAGAGCGCGCACAACCACCGCACGCACAAGCGACCGAAGCAGGAGCAUUGCCCGGCCUCCCGUUGCUGCAGUCGCCAGUGUUGCGGCGGGGAAAGGUCGUGAUCAAUAUCAACGGAAACCGACAGGCCAAGAUACCGAGCCAAUAGUCGGAGGGGAAACAGCAACAACGUCUCAGACACCAGCAUCAUCAGCAGCAGCAGCUCAGCAACAACAGCAGCUGCUCCUUCGCACUUCCGUACAUCCCGUACAACAAACGCUCCCGGCCACAACUGCCAGCACGACAGCUGCCGGUGGUGGCGGCAUACCGGCGGCGGUGGCAACGACUGGGGGAGAGCCCGACGGCAGUGGGCGAGUGGGCUCCUCCGCCUCCGCCUCCGCCUCCGCACCCUCCGCCGCAUGGUCGCUCCCGUACCCGCAGCGCCAUGCGUUGCUGGUGGUGCUAGGCCGCAACGAACGAGCGGUGGCGGCGGUGACAGCUGCUGCCGCCGCGGCGGGCUUCUCCAAGGUCGCCACCCUCCAAGGCACCCCGGAUGCCUUCGCCGCCGCCUCCCUGUGCGGCCCCCGCCUGCCCACCCUCAGCCGCAGCGGGCUGUGGCUGCUGCUGCAGCUGGGCGGCGAGCAGCCCGCAUUCCACGUGCCCUCCGCGCUCGUGCUGGACGUACGGAGGCCGGACGAGCGAUUGAUGUACGGCGCUAUCCGGGGAACGGUCAACAUACCAGCGGACGAGCUAGCGGUGGCACUAGCACUACCUCCCCUGGAGUUCAGCAGGCGCUACGGCGUACCUCGACCCCUUCCGGCUGCAGCGGUGACAGCUGCCUCAGCUGCAACCACCACAGCUGCUGCUGCUGCCUCCCCCAUUGUGCCCGCUGCGGAGGAGGCGGUGGUGGUGCUGCUGUCACGGUCGGGUCGGCGAGCGGCCUGGGCGGCGCAGCUGUGUGUGGAUGCGGGGCUCCGGAGGGUAAUCGUGUACGGCGAAGGGGUGUAUGGCUGGCGACUUGAGGAGCGGGUGAAGCCGUACCGAGCAUUCGACCUGGGCUGUGCACCCCCAGAUCCGGAGCCCUUCGUUCCGGAGGAGCCGGAUGAGGCAGCGGGUCUGCAGGAGCUCCAUGUGUUGGGCAUGCCGCUGCGGCAGGAGACCCGCCCCUCCCGCUUCGCUCGCAUGCCCACCCUGUGAGCUGCCGGUGGGGGGGCACUGUGGCGCCGGCGGCGGUGGCGGCAGCCGCUGCUGCUGCGGGGCCCUUGCGGCUGCCGUGACUGGACCACGGGGCUGUUGUGAC